UGGCAUAUAGCAAAGUGCGCGGCGAUGUCCUGAGCCCUCUCGUCCUGUCCUGCGCCGUCCUGCGCUGCCCUGACUUCACCAUCCUGUUUGUGCCAUCCCACCUGCGCCAUCCUGCACUGCUUCGUGCUGUCCUGUACUGCCCUGGGCUGCACCAGCCUGCGCUAACCUGCACUAUGUUGUCCUGCACUGUCCUGCCCUGACUUCACCAUCCUGUUCUGCCCUGCCUUGGUGUGCCUUGCCUGUUUGCCCUGUAGGUUCUCAAUCGCUGCAUCAGCCCAAACCUCCUCCCCACCAUGCUGUCCUCUAGGUUCUGCCUUGCACACCUGGGCCCAACAGGGGCACAUCUGCCACGAAUGUUUCUAUGGCUGCCCCUGCGGGCACAGCUCAGUUCCCAGGCAGCAGGAUUCCGGCAGCUCCAGGGCUGCAGGAACAGCCACGUUGGAGUGGGAUGGCUGGGGGCAGCUCCUGGCUUCGGUGGCUGUGAGGCUGCGCCAGCACCUCCUGUAAACCUCAUCACAGUGGAGGCCAUCUCAGGGAGCAGCACCAGAGGCUGGAACUGGAGCUGCGGGCAGACAGCAUUCGACAGCAGCAUGGCAGGGUCAGUGCUGCUCUUCUGCCUGCUGCUCUCUGCCACCCCACAGGGCAGUUUGCCCGAUGCCCCAGGGCUCACAACCCGCAGUCUCCCUCUGCUGUGGCGGCUGCGGCGGCUGGAGGAGCAGUUUCGCUGGUUCCAGGAGGUGACGCUGAACCAUCUCCAGAGCAUCGCCAGGAACUACAACAUCUCCUACAAUAUCGACAGCCGCUUUCGGUCGCUGGCAGAGCAGGCAGAGGCAGCCGAUGCAGCUCGGGCUGCACUGGGCUCUGAGCUGGCCCGCCUGGCUGCUGUCAGCCAGCGGCUGCAGCGCAGGGUAAGGAGGCUGGAAGGGCGAGCCCUGAGCCCCCAUGCUGAGCCACAAAGCCUGCGGGAUGCAGCACACAACCAGCAGGAGCUGCAGCAUUCAGUGUCCCUCAGCACUCUCAGCUCUCGGCCCCUCAAGGUGAGGCAGCAGCAGCGUCACUGGGAGCAAAGGCAACGGGUGCUGGUGGAGACUGGACCCAGUAGAAUGCCCGGGGAGGAUGCUGAGCCCCUUGGUGACACCAAAGCUGUCACAGCAGUGCUGCCCACUUCAGCCACUAGCACUCAGGAGCAGCUCCUGGCCCUCCAACAGCCAGAGACAGUGUGCAGUGUGGGCUCCGUGCUUCUGUUCUCCAACACUUCAGCCAGCAGUGGUGCUGUGCUCCAGCCGAGGCUGUACAUGGGGCUGCGGGAACUGUCACUCUGCACCUGGCUGCUCACCCCGGCAACUCACCUCGGCACUGUCCUGUCCUACAGCGAGGCCAAGGGCAGGAAGCUGGCCCUGCACGGGGACCACCCUGGGUCUGCACGUUUUUUCAUCGGGGAUGCAGAGUUUCGGCAGCUCCCGGUGACACCACUCCUGGAUGGCAAGUGGCACCACCUCUGCCUCACCUGGUCAUCCAGCCAUGGCCAGUACCGUUUCUAUGUGGACAGGAGGCUGCUUGCUGCUGGCUCUGGCUUCCAGCAGGGCUAUGAGGUUCCCGCUGGGGGCUCACUGGUGCUGGGUCAGCAGCAAUCCCGCAGUGGGGGCUUUGUGCCCUUUCUGGGCCAGCUGGCUGGCCUGGCCCUCUGGAGCAGGGCUCUGCUGCCUGGGGAGGUGGCCAGCAUGGCAACUGGGCAGGGGCUGCCCCAAGGGCCCCUCCUGACGCUGGCUAAUGCCACCCUGCAGGGUGAGGUGCUCAGGAGGAGGUGUGCCUGCCUCCAGAACUGCCUGUGGUGGCUGCGGGAACAGUGCUGGCUCCCAGUGUUCACUGGUGGCUUGUAGAGCCUGUGAGCUGCAUCCCCUGGGUGAUGGGACACAGAGAGCGGGCUGCCUCACAGCCAGAUGUCACCGAGGGGUUGCUGUGUCCCUGUGGAGCUGUGGGCAGGCCGUGGGGGGCAUGAGGCAGAAGUCUGCUCCUCCACAUCUCCAGCUCCUGCCCCCAGGAGCACAUACAGCCCCAUUAUUCCUAUUAAAGUGCUUCAGAGAGAGAGGAAAUUGCAUCUAUUUUUGGUCUUGCUUUUCACUGCAGCACUCGGUGCCGCUCACAGCCCUACUGGGCGCAGCAUCCUACAGCAGGCUGUACAGAAUUCAGUUUCAGGCGGGUUUUAACGUACAACUCUGAAACCCGCACGGCUCCCAGGUGCUCGGGCUCUCCUCGCCGUGCCGCCGUGCUCACGGGUGACAGCCGGGUGCCGGCCGCCAGCAUCUGCCACUGAGACACAACGGGGGAGGCUGGGGCACAG